AUGACCGCGGUCACGCUGUUGGUAAGAGGAGAUCAGAGGAGAAAGUGAGGUCACCGGGCUGGUCUGAAUCGUUGACGAUGUCCCAGCUUCAGUCCAGUCCAGAAGUGUUCUGUUUUGAACAUAAGGUUGAGGGAAAGCUGUCCCGGUAUCCAUCCGUCAUCUAGUGAACAAUUGGAGGCCACGUUUUCUAGCCUGCUGUCGGCCGCCCAGGACUUCUGACAAGGCCAGAGUGACACCUGGAUCACCAUGUCCUCGUAGCUCCUCGAGUAGUUGUUGGGCAAUGACGCGGCACAGCAAACUGCAGAAGCAGGUUCUGGCUCUGUACCGGCAGUUCCUGCGCGCCGGCCGAGACAAACCUGGAUUUGUUCCUCGCAUCCGCGACGAGUUCCGUGAAAACUCCCGCAUCAAGAAGACGGACGUGAUGCACAUUGAGUACUUGUACCGUCGCGGCGAGCGCCAGCUGGAGCAGCUGCGUGACGUCAACACCAAACAACUGGGCUCCUUCAGGAAGAAGUCAGGCGACCUCUGACUUCAGUCGUUUACCACUGCUACAAUAAAGACAAAGCCAC